GUGAGCGGCCGCAGGCCUCAGGUUUGGCCUGUCUGGAGGUGAUGGGAAGAGUUCGCCGACUCUUUCCCUGUCUUUCCUGUCCCUGGCCCUUGAUCGCUGCUUUUGGGUCUCCUAGUUCUUUCGUGCUACUUGCCUGGCGCUUCCUCACUUUGUCCAGCUUAUAGAAAUGGGACGCCGGUCAUCAGACACUGAAGAAGAAAGCAGAAACAAGAGAAAAAAGAAACAUCGUAGACGGUCAUCUUCCAGCAGUUCUUCAGAUAGUAGAACAUAUAGCCGAAAGAAAGGUGGAAGGAAGUCAAGAUCAAAGUCAAGAUCUUGGUCCAGAGAUCUUCAACCUCGUUCUCAUUCUUAUGAUAGAAGACGCAGGCAUCGGUCAAGCAGUAGCUCUUCUUAUGGCUCUAGAAGAAAACGAAGUCGAAGUCGUUCAAGAGGUCGAGGGAAAUCUUACAGAGUUCAGCGAUCUAGGUCUAAAAGCAGAACAAGAAGGUCCAGGUCAAGACCUCGUCCACGAUCCCAUAGUCGAAGCAGUGAAAGAUCCAGUCACAGAAGAACCCGUAGUAGAUCCUGGGACAGAGAUCGACGUAAAGGCAGAGAUAAAGAGAAAAGAGAAAAGGAUAAAGGCAAGGACAAAGAAUUACAUAUCAAACGUGGGGAAACUGGAAACAUCAAAGCUGGAUUAGAACAUCUGCCACCAGCUGAACAGGCCAAAGCCAGACUACAGCUAGUUCUUGAAGCUGCUGCAAAAGCUGAUGAAGCAUUGAAAGCCAAAGAAAGAAAUGAGGAAGAAGCAAAGAGAAGAAAAGAGGAAGGUAAAGAAUUAGGUUCACAUUUCCUCCACUUCACCCCUGUGCAAUCACGGUUCGGCAUGAUUCUCUCUAUUCUUUAGACAGCCCAUAGAAUA